AUGCUUUUCUUUCGACGUCGUGAAACAUCAAGUCAAUCAAAUUUGACUGAUCAAGAACGAUGUAUUCAUGCAUGUCUCUUCUUUGUAUUUCUAUUACUAACACUUACAAUAGUUCUAUUCUAUUUUGCAAUUACAUAUAAAGGUACAGAUAAUCAACGUGUUUAUUAUUAUAUGAGCGGCGGUAUUAGUCUUGGUUUUCUUCUAUUAAUUUCAUUAUGUACAGUUAUGUAUAUUCGACGAUUUUAUGAUUCUUCUGUAUCUUCAACACAAAAUCGAAGAAUUAUAUCUGAAUCUGAUCAUGAAAAUUCAAAAUAUUCAAGUCAUCAUCCGUGA